GUGCGAAUGCGAAUUUUGGCUCAGCUGCAUCUUUUCGCAUCUCUCUCCGUUCCCGUUUUUUGCACUGCUACUCGUUGUCUCAUGUACUACUUCUCACUCCACCCCCAGUGGCAGAGGCACACCUGCUCCCCUUCGAGUGAGGGCGUCCUGAGGAGCAGCUAACCUCAGCUCGUUGAUUAAAUGAACCGGAAUCCACUUUCAUUCUGUAAGUGAAGCAAAGCAAAGUUUCCAAACUGGAACGUUCGGAGAGUGCAUUGUUAGUUGUUAAGUCGAGUUUAAGGAAGAAGGGGCCAAAGUAGCGGAAGAGUUGUGUAUCAUCGGAUCGAUCUCUCAUCGUGAUUGAUUGCAAGUGUAAUCUGUGCUGUGUGAUCCUCCUCCGCCCUCCACGAAAUGAAAUAUGAGACCAAGUACGACCACCAAACUGUUUGCGUUGAAAGUUGAAAGUUGGAAUUCCUUCGCACCGGAUUGCAUUGCAUUGAUGGAGACGACGACGAGGCUCAAACUUUUCUAGUAAACCAGCAGCAGCCCAGCAACCACCACCGACAGGAGAAAGCUUAUACUUUGUACGUACACACGUACAUGUGUGCUGGCGAAGUUGGGGAGGAAGAUCCCAAGUGGCAACGCAAAGGAUUUCGGUUCAACUGAAAUUGAAAACGCUGUUGUAAAGCUUUGUGAGCCGAAAAUUUGACAGAAAGGAGGCUCUUCUUACCAUUAUUAUAUUUCAUCCUGCUAUUGAGGAGAGGCUUUGUUGUUGCUGUGUUACUCUGAUCCAGAUGUGAGUGAGUGUGUGGGGAUUAAUUUAUGGGGCGUUUAAUAUAAAACGGACCAGAUUGAGGAGAUAAUACAGCCUUUGUGCUCGCAUGAUGGUGGUGGUGGCGGCGGCAGAUGUUGUCCAAAAGAUUUAGUGGACGAGUGAUCCAGAGUGGACGAGAAGGACUUAAUUGUGCACAUGUCACCUGUCCCAAUCUCUGCAGUUGAACUCUUCGGAAUGUCCUGUUCGUGUGUCGUGACUGACACCAGCUCACUCUCCGCAGAGAGGCAAUAAUAAUGGUCUCAUUGCAUAGGCACAGGUGCACUCAUCAGUGCAGCCUCCUCCGCGAUCCCGAGUAGUCAGUCUCAUUUGCAAACUCACGAGAGUUGGAGGUAGACGUGUGGGGGGAUCAAGAUCAAGAAGAAAACUUUGUGUGUUUGGUGGUGCUGGCACGGCUGGCUCAUCUCUGCCAAAGUUUAAGCAGUGAAUUUCAAGUAGUUGGUGCUUUCUUCUUCUCGUCGUCUUCUCUGACUGAAGUGGACGACGACCUGCUUUUUCUUCUGGAGCUGAACAUACGCCAGGGAAAAGCUGGCUCGGAUGAUGAUGGUUCAAUUUCCAUUGCUGCACUUGUUAGGUCUGCUAAGGAGCAGGAGGGCACAUAACUAGUCGUUAGUGUGUGCGGCGGUGGGAGGCGGUAUUAAAUCUUGAUGAUAUAUGAUACACAUUCUCAACUCGAGCAUCUCAAAGGCCCCACAAAGUGAUCCAACAGUAAGAGUUUCCUCCUUCUGUGCACAACUGCCUACCUGGCUUUCUCUCUCCCAAACUGUCUCCAUAACUUGUCCUCCAACAGCACGAGGCUCUAAAAGUACAACCUGUAGAUGCUGGGCUCUACUAUAAAUGCGCAAAAGUCCGGCUACAAUGUGAAAUCCUACAAUUAUAAAUCCAGCAGCAGCGGGUGAUAGAUACGUAGUUGGGACUAUGUACUUGCUAAGAAUAGCACAUUCCUCUGGUGCUUUUCCAUUCACGGUGUGUUAAAUAAAUUGCGACGACGACGUUAAUGUAAUUACUUGACGAGAUGGAAUGAAGAGAAACAAAAACUGAUAUGUGAUUUAUGUUGGAGAUAAGAGCCACAAGCAGCAGCAGCCGUUUAAUAAUCAGUCGUGUCGUGCAUACAAGUAAAACGUCGUGUAACAACAGCCAAGUUGAGGAAACUCUGUAAGGAGAAGAUAUUGCUCUCUUCCUCGGCGUGUCUCUCCCUGUGUGAAACUGCACCUUUGGGUUUAAAAUUAACAUUCACAUCGCCAAAGUGAGACAGGGACUUGUGCGAGCAGUAACAGCAGCCAAGUUCCGUGGCCAAGUUCAAUCUUCUGUGACGAUGAGGACGACUGGGAACGAAUGAGAGAUGAAGAAUCAUUUCCUUGUUUCUCCUGCCCAUGGUCUCCUCCUCGCUCAACUUGGAUGAAAGACGAGCACGAGAAAGUGUUUCAAUUUUCCAAGGUUCCUCCAUCAACCUUAGCCAAUGAGCCCCUAGCCCAGCAUAGCAGAGAGUUGCAUAAGAACAAGUAAGAACAAUACGUUGCCGUGUUCUUCCCGGUCGGGACUUUGUGGUUCGUUGGUGGUCGAAGGAAGUACGUUGUAGUUGUUAGUUAGGACCCACUCAGUCGGCAACUCGAAAAUAGUAUCUCGCUCCUUUGAAAUCUCCGUCUGCGGUGGCUGGACUCUGCUGUUUAGAACUACAAUUGAAGAAAGUGGUUGACACACAUAUCUUAGUUCUCCGUCCGUCUCCCAUUGUGUCUGUGCUACUUGAUGCUGCUUCAACAUUUAUUGAAUUCAAGUGUGACCCACGAACAACGUGAAGCGUUUCAUCUCACCCUCAUCUUGGGGAGCAUUGUGCUCUGUGAGAUGUGGUGACACGCAGACAAUUAUUGCUGCUACUUCAAUGACGUGAAUGGAUCAUAAAGUUUGUUUCCCCUCCUUUUCAAAUCCAUGAACACCAACUUCCUUGUGCCGAAAAACUACACACAGCGUGUACGGGAGAGGUUAGGUUAGGUUAUUAUUGCAUUUUGGUGGCCCCAUUGUCAAACUACCUCUCUUGUCGAGGAGACGGCACAGAAGAUUCCGUUGUGAACGGGCCAUUAUAAUAAAUCAGACGACUCUCUCUCUCUCUCUUCGCAUGCCUACGUAUUACGUGCACCUUGGCUUGGCAGCAACCAGGAGACCCAUUACAUUAGAAUAUAAUGGUACUAAAUUAGACAUUGAUAACCACCUCGCUCAUUAAACUGCUCCCCUUAUCCUCGCCGUACUCGUCAUUGUCCUCUUCUUGGCUGAAGACGCCGCCGUAGAAGUUGUUGAAUUCAGUCGAAAGUGGAACGAGGAACGGAAGGACCGUUACGAAAGUGGAGGAUUAGCUGAGAAGAUGAAUAUUCAAACGCCGUGGAUAUUUUUUCCUCCCGCAUCUCACCCUCAACAGCAACCCCACCCCCUCAACCCCCAACAACAACAACAACAGGGACCGCACAUCUCGGCGGUUGGCAGUACGAAAGGGGUCAUGGGUCAUGCCCCUGCUGGGAUGAGCCUCAUUCCACUCAACUACCCAGCACAACUACUCCCUCACCCGCUCACCCCUUCUGGCAACCACCUCGGAACGACUUUCAGCCUGCCCCACCACCACCACCCCCACAUUGCUCAACAGCACCCCCACGUCCUCCACACGCAACAAUCUGCUCAACAACACCUGCUCCUCGCAGCAGCAGCAGCAGCGGCCGCGUAUGAACAACAAUGCCAACAACAGCAGCAGCAACAAUGUUCCACGGCUGUGGUAGCAGCGACCCGCUUUCUCCAGCAGUCACAACAACAGCAUCACCAUCAUCACCACCACUUGGGGAACGGGUAUCAUCCCCACGUGGUCGAAGUGGUCCACCAGGUGGAGGAUGGGACGAUCGCAGGAUGUGCGACGACGAAGCGGAAACUGUCCGUUGACGAAGCAGACUCUGUGAUUGCGAGAGAAAUUAAAAAGGCCAAAUUGGAGACAAAGGCAUUAAAAGCAAAGCGGCCUGGAUUCACGGACGAGAGAUAUAAUGAGACGUCGUAUUUCGUUGAAAAUGGUCUUCGGAAGGUGUAUCCCUACUACUUCACCUUCACGACUUUCACCAAGGGUCGCUGGGUUGGGGAGAAGAUAUUGGACGUUUUCGCCAGAGAGUUCCGUGCUCACCCCGUCGAAGAAUAUGAGAGGUGCAUUAAGAGCGGCACUCUAACCGUGAAUUACACCAAGGUCGGAACCGACUAUCGACUCAAGCACAAUGACUUACUUGCUAACAUUGUUCAUAGGCAUGAAGUACCUGUGACGGCGGACCCAAUCGAGGUGGUUUACAUGGAUGACGACUUGGUUGUUGUAGACAAGCCGGCAUCAAUUCCUGUUCAUCCUUGUGGUCGAUAUCGACACAACACGAUGGUCUUCAUCCUAGCCAAAGAGUACCAGUUGAAGAACUUGAGAACAAUUCAUCGCUUAGAUCGUCUCACAUCCGGACUUUUACUUUUUGGGAGGAAUCCCAAGAAGGCUCGUGAGAUGGAGCAGCAAAUUCGAAACCGCGUCGUGUCCAAGGAGUACGUUUGUCGCGUGGAAGGAGAAUUCCCAGAUGGGGAAAUAGAGUGUUCUGAGCCCAUCCUGGUGGUCAGUUACAAGAUCGGCGUGUGCAAGGUGGCCAAGGAUGGAAAGGACUGUAAAACCACUUUCAAAAAAUUGAGCUCGAAUGGGAAAACGAGCGUCGUUUCAGCCAAACCCAGAACUGGCAGGAUGCAUCAGAUUCGGGUUCAUCUCCAAUACCUGGGCUACCCAAUCAUCAAUGAUCCGCUCUACAACCAUCCCGUCUUUGGCCCUGAGAAGGGAAAGGCUGGUGUUAUUGGGAAGAGUGACGAACAACUGAUUCAGGACCUGAUCUCCAUACACAACGCCGAAAACUGGUUGGGAAUUGAGAGUGAAGAAUCGGGUGGAAGAGGAGGCGACAUGUUCGGACCCCCCACGUCAAAACCAACUGGGUCGCAAGUGCUGGGCAUGAUUCCCCCCUCGCUAAACUUCAAGUCCUCACCAGAUGAAGAUGACGAUGAUGAUGACAGCGACAUUGGAACAAGAAAUGCUGUCAACUUGUUGGAGGGUGACGACUCGGCAAGUCCUUCGUGUGGAGAUGGUGGAGUAGGAGGAGAAAAGGAAUGCGAAACAAAAGAGGAACAAUUUACGAAUAAUUCCGAAUUGAAGGAUUUGCCAACUGUCCAACGCGGAGCGGAUCACGGAACUGUUGGUCUCAAAUGUGAUACAGAUCUUGUUUCUCUUCUCGUACCUGCCGAGAAGGUGACCGUUGGAACCCAGACUUGCAGUGAAGACGAAAUUUUGGGGAAUGUUUGCUCAAGCGGGACCACCAGCUCCACCACUAUUGCUUGUACGACCAUUGGGACGUGUGUGAAGGAGGGGAAUGAAGGAGAGGGAAAAGCCGCGGAGACAGGAGGAGUAGUUGAUUGUGGGAGCUGCAGCAGUGAGUUGAAUCAACCGUUACUUUUGAAGGACAAUAAUAAUUCCAGCAUUACCGACUGUGAGGACUACAACAAGGAGAGGAUGACGUAUGACCAGCAUUGUUAUGAGUGCAAAGUACGAUAUCGAGAUCCUAAACCAAAAGACCUCAUCAUGUACCUUCAUUGUCAACGAUAUUCAGGUCCAGAAUGGGAGUAUACAACAAAAUUGCCUCCAUGGGCCGCCGCUGACUGGGUUGAGCCGGAUUAGAUAAUCAACGUUUAUAAUUUUUAAAAUAAACAAAAAAUAGUAGCCUGUGCAUUAAGACAAAUCGGAGUAAUAAAUUAUUCUCACCAAAAAUAUAUCAAAGAGCGAUCACGUGAGAUCUCGAA